CCCCUGGCAGCCCGGCCGGGGCUCCCGGUCCCCCCCAGCUGCACAGACAUGACACAGACACACAGACACUGCAGCUGCUGAUCGAGCCUUGCGCUCUGUGCACGCGGUGGCUGCCAACCCGGGAGCCCAGAGCCCGGAGCCCGAAGCCCAGCGCCCGCCCACCCGUGCCCCUUGCUGGUCCCCGCGAGGCAGCCCCCGCCCGGCCCGGCGCGGGAGGCGUGGACCGCACGCCGACUCCGGCCAGCGGCGCUCGGCUGCCCGCGGCAGCUGCCUUGGCCGCCCAGCUCUGGGCGUCGGGCGCUCGGGGAAGUCGGCGCGUCUCGAGGCGGCGGUAGCGGCCGAGGCUGGCGAGCGCUCUCGGUGGCAGUGGGGCCGCCCGCCUCGGCUCCCCGCACCCACCGCGCUGCGCCCCGCCUUCGCUCUGGUGACCUUCCCGGGGCGCCUCCGCCGGCCCCGCGCCCCCGUCCCCGCACCUCAGGCCGGGGCAGGGCCCUCUCCAGUGCCUGCUGCCCGCGGAGCCGGAGCGGCGCAGGCCCGGGGGGAGGGGGCGCUGCAGCCGGCUGCAGCCCCCCCCCGCCGCCGCGCUCGGCUCCCGGCCCGGCAGGACUGCCUAUGCCCGGGAGCCCGGGGCUGGGGGCGCGGCCGCGCUCGCCUCGCCUGGUCGGGUGCGGACAGGCCCGGCCCUGAGGGGGAGCGCGGGUGGAGGAACUGGCCGCGAGGCACCCCCUACCCGGCCCGGGCCCGGAGCGCACCCCGGCCCCCGCCCAUGCGGAGCGUCCCUGGCUUGGAAUCGUCCCCCGGGCAGGGAGCGGCUCCAGUAGCGGCGCCCGAGGAAGAGCGAGGAGGGACGGCGCGCUGCCCCGGCGGCCCGGACUCGGUCGGCCGCCGCCUUCGGAUCCGGGGGCUGCCCUGAAGUCUGCGGCUCUGGCUUGGACCCUGGCCCCGACCCCCCCACACUCCCUAGGCUGCCCCGCCCGGCCCCUCCGCGGUCUCCCACUGCCCGGCUGCAGUCAUCGCCAAGAAGCAGCUGCAAAUGGUGAUCACAAUGGAAUUACCAGGCUGCGGUCACAUUACCCAAAGACUCUGCCCGGGAUCACCACGUGUUCAUGUUGGAAUAUUUAGUACUGGCUCCAGUGUUUGUGAGGAAGUAUUAUGAGGGAGGCCAAGGACUUCGUGCUCCGAACAGAGAAACGGCACUACAACUAGGGAUUGCUACGUCUGAGAGGAUGCUGGGAAUCUGCAGAGGGAGACGGAAAUUCCUGGCUGCCUCGCUAACUCUGCUCUGCAUCCCAGCCAUCACCUGGGUUUACCUGUUUUCUGGGAGCUUCGAAGAUGGAAAGCCCGUGUCCCUGUCUCCGCUGGAGUCUCAGCCACACAGCCCCCGGUACACUGCAUCUAGCCAGCGCGAACGGGAGAGCCUGGAGGUGCGGGUGCGCGAAGUGGAAGAGGAGAACCGCGCGCUGCGCAGGCAACUCAGCCUGGCCCAGGCUCGAGGCCCCAGCCACCACCGCAGCAACCACUCCCGGACCUACUCCAUGGAGGAGGGCACCGGAGACAGCGAGAACCUGCGCGCAGGCAUUGUGGCAGGCAACAGCUCCGAGUGUGGGCAGCAGCCCGUGGUGGAAAAAUGUGAGACUAUCCAUGUGGCCAUUGUCUGCGCCGGGUAUAAUGCCAGCCGGGAUGUUGUCACAUUGGUCAAAUCUGUCCUGUUUCACAGACGGAACCCUCUGCACUUCCACCUGGUUGCCGACUCCAUCGCGGAGCAGAUCCUGGCGACGCUCUUCCAGACUUGGAUGGUGCCUGCUGUGCGCGUGGACUUCUACAACGCAGAUGAGCUCAAGUCUGAAGUUUCCUGGAUCCCAAACAAGCAUUACUCUGGGAUUUAUGGCCUGAUGAAGCUCGUGCUUACCAAGACUCUUCCUGCCAACCUGGAGCGGGUCAUUGUACUUGACACAGAUAUCACCUUUGCGACUGACAUUGCAGAGCUGUGGGCUGUAUUCCACAAGUUCAAAGGUCAGCAAGUCCUGGGCUUGGUAGAGAACCAGAGUGACUGGUACCUUGGCAACCUGUGGAAGAAUCACCGUCCGUGGCCUGCCCUUGGAAGGGGAUACAACACAGGGGUGAUCCUGCUGCUUCUGGACAAGCUGCGGAAGAUGAAAUGGGAGCAGAUGUGGAGGCUGACAGCAGAGAGGGAACUCAUGGGUAUGCUGUCUACAUCCUUAGCUGACCAGGAUAUUUUCAACGCGGUUAUCAAACAGAACCCCUUCCUGGUCUAUCAGCUCCCCUGCUUCUGGAAUGUACAACUGUCAGACCAUACCCGCUCCGAGCAGUGCUACAGAGACGUGUCUGAUCUCAAGGUCAUUCACUGGAACUCUCCCAAGAAGCUGCGGGUGAAGAACAAGCACGUAGAGUUCUUCCGCAACCUCUACCUGACCUUCUUGGAGUACGACGGGAACCUACUGAGGCGGGAGCUGUUUGGGUGCCCCAGUGAAGCUGAUGUCAACAGUGAGAACCUCCAGAAGCAGCUCUCUGAGCUGGACGAGGAUGACCUGUGCUAUGAGUUCCGGCGAGAGCGGUUUACCGUCCACCGCACCCACCUGUACUUCCUGCACUACGAGUACGAGCCUGCAGCAGACAAUACGGACGUCACCCUGGUCGCUCAGCUGUCCAUGGACAGGCUCCAGAUGCUGGAGGCCAUCUGCAAGCACUGGGAGGGGCCCAUCAGCCUGGCUCUCUACCUGUCAGAUGCCGAGGCCCAGCAGUUCCUGCGCUAUGCACAGGGCUCAGAGGUGCUCAUGAGCCGCCACAAUGUGGCCUACCACAUUGUCUACAAGGAGGGACAAUUCUACCCCGUGAACCUGCUGCGCAAUGUGGCCAUGAAACACGUGGGCACACCCUACAUGUUCCUGUCAGACAUCGACUUCCUGCCCAUGUAUGGGCUCUAUGAGUACCUCAGGAAAUCUGUCAUUCAGCUGGACCUGGCCAACACCAAGAAAGCAAUGAUUGUUCCCGCCUUUGAGACUCUUCGCUAUCGCCUCUCCUUCCCCAAGUCGAAAGCAGAGCUGCUGUCCAUGCUGGACAUGGGGACACUGUUCACAUUCAGGUACCAUGUCUGGAUGAAAGGCCACGCACCCACCAACUUUGCCAAGUGGCGGACUGCCACCACGCCUUACCGGGUUGAGUGGGAGGCUGAUUUUGAGCCCUACGUCGUGGUGAGAAGGGACUGCCCUGAGUAUGACCGGAGGUUUGUGGGCUUUGGCUGGAACAAGGUGGCUCAUAUCAUGGAACUGGAUGCACAGGAGUAUGAAUUCACUGUGCUUCCCAACGCCUACAUGAUCCACAUGCCUCAUGCCCCCAGCUUUGACAUCACCAAGUUCCGGUCCAACAAGCAAUACCGCAUCUGUCUCAAAACCCUGAAGGAAGAGUUUCAGCAGGACAUGUCUCGCCGCUAUGGCUUUGCUGCCCUCAAAUAUCUCACUGCUGAGAACAACAGCUAGCACCAAGAAGCCCCCCACCAGGGAAAGACUUGUUGUUUGAGGCCUACCUUCAAACUCAAAAGGAGCAAUGCUUAUUUGGUUUGUUUUUGUUUGUCUCUCUGGCCCAACAAAGCUGCUCUCUCUACUGAGAUCUGGAACAAGGAUCCAGCCAGUCCCCUUCUGCUUCACCAGAGUGUGGACAAGAAGCCCAUCUACACAGUCUCUUCAAGAAUGGGACAUGGAGGGGAUGAGAGAGAACAAGGGGGUGGUGGAUCUUACCACAAAAUCACAUGCAGACUGACUCUUGAAGAUGGCCUUUUACAAAAGAGAAACCAGGGUGCUGGCAGUACCCACCCUGGAAAAUAAAAGCUUUCAGAUAAAGCUUGCUUCUUUGCCCUGGAAUCUAGCUGGGUAUCAAAGGAGAGGGCAGGCCAGUGAUCAAAACCAAUGCUUAGGAAAAUACAAACAAACAAAAUAGUAGAAAUGCUGUCUCUGGAAGGGACCUGGUGGUGGGGCUGGCUGGUUCUUUAUCCUCAAGUUCACUCUUAUUUUGUUUUGAUUUGGUUUUGGUUGAGGUUGGGCAAGGGAGAGAAUUUUUGUUUGUUUAUUAUUGGUCUGGGAAUCCAAAAUAGAAAAAUCUGAUCUUGUGAGGAUCUGAAGAAACAUCAGCUGCCUCAACCAAUGUCCCUCCAGGAAGUGUGGCCCAGUAAGGAGGACAAGAGUCUUGAGUCAAUGAUUAAACAUGGGCAGCUUCCUUCAUUAAUAUCACUGAGACUCUCUGGGCUCUGAAUCUUCACUUCCCAGAAUUCUGGGGCUAUCAUGAGGGAAAUCCAAAGGCUGACUGUUGUUAAAACUGGUAGCAUUUUUCUACUAGCAGGGAUCAGCUCAUAGGGAAAGGACUUUGACAGAACUCUCUGUGUACACAAAACAAAUGAACUUCUCAAGCCUUUAGGAGGCCUGAGUCAUUUCGGCGAGCCCAGUUCCACAGACUCAUAUGCUCAUCAGGGGACCUUGGGGAAGGAUGUGCUGGGUUCCUUCUUUGCUCAUGCCCACUUCAUGGUGGAAGGGGUGAGGCCACAACCUCAGACUCCCUUUGGAACCUGUCCAAGGGUAGGCCAGCAUCUUCACUGUUACACAAAUUGAGGAGACACUGGACUUUUUACCCAUUUUCUUGAGUCUUCAAUAUUAAUGUUGUGUUUACAUUGAUGAGAACAAGAGUCAAUGCCCUCUGCUCUUCUGGGCUAUCUGUAUUGAGUUGCAAUGUGACCAGCGAACGCUGCAUUCAAUAAAAGAAAGUACGGACUGUU